AUGGGAGGAUUCUAUAUGCAGUAUCUUGAGAGCCUGUGCCGGCGCCGUGGGUGGCGAGACCCUUCGUACGAGUGUCACAGAGAUUCCAGUGGCUACACGUGCCUGGUCUUGGUGAAUGGACGCGAAUACCAGACAGACCUGUCGUACGAAUCGGACCACCUUGCCCAGGAGAACGCUGCCAUGAGGGCCUUCAUGGUGUGCCGGAACUUUUCUGUCAACGGGGGCAUGCUUGCGCGUAAUGGGAUCGUCCAGGGUCUCCCAGCCAAUGACUCGACCAGGCGCAAGAAAUCUCGUCACGCUUCAUCCAGCCACGGCCACAACCAGAAGGAGAGCCGCCAUAGGUCCGGAAACCACUCGAGCAGCAGUUCGACCGCAUCCUUCGAGUGA